GAGCUGUUGAUUUGGAUAGACAUUGUCAUUUUCGAGUCUUGGAAGCUCAAUUUUUAUCAUGGCAGGCGCUUCGGAGUUGUCUUCUCUGGAUUACGAGAUGUCCAUCAAGACAGUGCGCCUUGAGAAGGAAUAUGAAAAGGCAAUUGCAGAGUCGGCGCGGCUGUUGGAUACCGAGCGAGACCGAGCGCGACGAAUGGAGUAUCUACUUCUUCAGAUCGAUCGCGAUGCCCUACAAGCGAAAUUCGACCAAGCCAACGACCGGAUAGUUGUGUUGACACAGGCCGAGUCCGAAGCGCGCUCUCGGUUGGAUGAAGCUUUCCUCGAAAUUGAUUCCUUAGAUCACCACAUCCAAGCAUCAUCAAAUCAAAUCCAGAGGCUAACAGACGAACUUUCAACACUGAAUAAUACAUCAACCAGCAAUAAUACGCUGCUGACAGAGAAGAUGCAUUUAUCCCGAGAAUUGACCAAUGCCAAGUCCAAGCUCGAGCGGUUACAGACUCAGAAUACAUCACACCAGUCAAUUGUGGCCGAAAAACAGGCUCUGGAGCGGCAACUCAACACGCUAGAACUCCAACUUGAAAACGAGAAGAAUUCCCAUGAGCGGACGAGAGUGAAGAGCUCUGAACAGACGACGCAAAUCACCAAACUCUCAUCAAAGAUUGAAGAGCUUCAGAAUGAACUUGCAAAGGAACAACGAGCAAAUCAACAACGUGAACAAGAUCGACAGUCGAAUGCGGGAUGGGAAAAGGAGCGAUCGGUCUUGGAGGGAAAGAUCGAAACGCUACGAAAGCAACUUCGCUCGACCAAGGAUAAGCUCCAUGAGGCGCAGCAUGAUUUGCAACAACGCAGCAACAGCCGCGGUAUUGAAGCGGAUGGCACAGAAGCAGGGUCAAGAAGGGUUCCGCUCCAGCGUCCUGGACCUAGCGCAGAUUCCCUCGGCGGGGGUAUGACCAUCGCAACGCCAGGAGCUGUGCGCGUGCAAGAAAAGCCAAAGAGACCAUCCGCGCUGCCGGGCGACAAGUCUGCGUUUUCGAUAACCCCAUUCCUAAACCGCACUGGCGCCGCGCCGCGUGACUCUCCGAUGAGCUCCGACGUCGAUGAAGACGAAAUUGAGCGGGCAAGGAAUCGAACUACCGCUGCAGCGCGUAAGCCCAGUGCCGCUCGUGACUCGAAUGAUGUAAUUUCGUCACCUAGCGAGCAGGCUGGUCCCGCUCAGCCACCUCCUAAAACGAAAUCAACCACAGCGAAGCCGCAGGCACGAGCGGGGAAAUCUGCAGCAUCGAAAGCCACACGAGAGCCGAAACAGCAGAUGAGUCGCCCAGCCAGUAAGGUUUCCCUCGAGGAACCUGAUGAUCUACUGCAUGACGGCCCCGCCGAGGCAGGACCGACCAAGACCAAGAGGAGGAAACUCGGGGCCCAGCGAGAGCGCAAUCUGUUUGAGGACGAGGAUGAUGAUGAUAUGCUUGACCUCCGCAAGCCGCGAAAGUUGACUCUUGGUGCUGGGCGCCAGUCGGUGCUUGCGGCGCCUCUAUCCACUGCGUCUACUGGGGAUUUGCUGGGCCGUGGUGGAGGAUUUGGUGCGGCUAGGGCAUUUUCACCUUUGAAACGAGACCGCAUGCGAUAGAUUCAGUCAAUGCCAGGCUCAGACUAGGACAACAUAGUCAUGAUUCUUUAUACACAUGAUGGACUGUGGACUCUUCUUAGCCGGAAGUUGUACUCUUUUUUACUUCAUUUCUAUCCACUCGUACCAGCUUCAACCUUACAUAUAUGCUCACUUUUAGAUGAUUCAUACGCUGAAGCUAAUUAAUCAC